AUGAACACUGAACCGGAAUCUGAGCUUCCAGGUCCUGCACCAAUACGACGCCUUCAGGAAUCACUUAUCAAUCGUAUUGCUGCCGGAGAAAUCAUACACAGACCCGCCUCAGCUCUCAAAGAAUUGCUAGAAAACUCUCUCGAUGCAGGCGCAACGACAAUUCGCGUAACAGUGAAGGAUGGAGGGUUAAAGCUACUGCAAAUUCAAGACAAUGGAUCUGGAAUUCGCCAAUCGGAUCUCCCAAUACUUGCUGAACGAUUCACAACCUCGAAACUUUCAACAUUCUCUGAUUUGACGAAAUUGACUACAUACGGGUUUCGGGGAGAAGCCCUUGCGUCUAUAUCUCAUGUUGCUCAUCUCUCUGUGGUGACAAAGACAAGGACGUCGACUUGUGCGUACAAAGCGCUGUAUUCUGAUGGGAAACUUGUUCCUGCUCAGCGUGGACAGUCCGAGGAGCCGAAACCUUGCGCUGGGAACGACGGCACGACUAUCACUAUAGAGAAUCUCUUUUUCAAUACCCCGACCCGUCUAUCCGCGUUGCGAAAUACAUCUGAAGAAUAUGCUCGUAUUCUCGAUGUGCUUACCAAAUACGCGAUACACAAUCCCAAGGUUUCAUUCAUGUGUAAAAAGGCUGGUUCAUCUUCUCCGGAUCUUAGCACUCCAUCGGCUUCUACAACUAGACAUGCAAUAAAGAUGUUAUAUGGCCCUAGUAUUGAAAAGGACUUACUUCAAAUUGCAGUUAAUGAAGACAUGAAGGGUGAAGUCUCUUGGAGCUCGGAAGUGUAUUUCACAAACGUCAAUUAUCAGGCAAAGAAAACCAUUUUUUUGCUAUUCAUCAACUCUCGAUUGGUUGAGUCUACACGCAUUAAGCGUGCCAUAGAAAACGUCUACACCGGCAUACUUCCUAAAGGCGCCUCUCCUUUCGUGUAUUUAAGCCUGAAAAUAGAUCCGCGGUCGGUGGAUGUUAACGUGCACCCGACGAAGAAAGAGGUGCAUUUUCUCAAUGAGGAAGAAAUCACAACACAGAUAUGUGACACCCUGCAAGCGAAGAUAGCAGAAAAAAGCCAUUCGCGUGUGUUUGAAUAUCAGACUUUAUUGACAGGGGGGAUUGAAUCCUCUAGCCAAAGAAACGACAAGAAACGCAAAGAAGCUCCGACUGAAACACAAACCAUCAACGAUGAGGAACGCGAGGAAGUGUCUGCUUCUUUGUCAGGACCUAAGAAAGUCUAUUCACACCAUAAAGUUCGGACGUCACUGCAGGAUCGUACACUCGACUCUAUGUUCCCUGUUGUGAACCCUAGCCAAAUAGGCAAAGGACCAGCCGAAUCCAAUCCGCAGUCACAGUCGUUGCCUCGAUCUAGGGAGGUGAAGGAAUCGGAGUGCUUUCUAACCUCAGUAACCACUCUCCGGAAUCGGAUACUGAAAGGCAAACACAAAUUGCUCACUGAAAUUCUUGAGAAACACACCUUCGUUGGCAUCGUCGAUGUCGAUCGCUGUCUUUCCUUGAUCCAGUAUUCGACCAAGCUGUAUCUUGUAAACCAUGGCGCAUUAGCCGAAGAACUUUUUUAUCAACUUGGUCUCCGCCAUUUUGGCGAUUUCAGUCGAUUAAAGUUGGAACCGCCUCCGUCAUUACGAGAAUUGGUCAAAAUCGCAGUUGAUGCGGAAGAAAUAUCCGAGGAAACUUCAUUAUCUAAACCUGAUAUUGUUGACCGGAUCGUCAAAAUACUCCACUCCAGACGCUCAAUGCUCUCCGAAUACUUUUCGCUGACUAUCUCAGAGGACGGUCUUGUCCAGAGUCUUCCGCUUAUACUCCGCGAUUAUACCCCGAAUUUGGACAAGUUGCCGUUGUUCCUAAUGCGUCUUGGACCGCAGGUGAACUGGACGUCUGAAACUGAAUGUUUCGAAUCUUUUCUCCGCGAAUUAGCAUAUUUCUACGUCCCCGGACCAAUAUCCAGUGACCCUUCUAUACCGACUGCUGUGAGUGAGACAGAUGAGGACAUUGCUGGAAGUAAAGCAGAAAGAUGGCAGAUCCAACAUAUAUUGUUCCCUGCUAUGCGGCGUUACUUAGCAGCACCCAAAUCUCUACUGGAUGUGGACGUGGUCCAGGUUGCUAGUUUGCCGGACUUGUACAAGGUUUUCGAAAGAUGCUGA